UAUAUAAAAAAUGCCAAAACACGGAAUUGUCUCGUGUUCCAAGCGGGCUGAAAAAGACGUGAAAUGAAAAAAAAAACAAGAGUGACGGUAGAAGCUGGCGGCGCUGAAAUAAACAGCAGAUGCUGAACCUCUUGACUUGUGACUGUUGGACGUGACAGCAAUAAUGAAAACGCUGCAGGCGGCCUCGACUCCGAAAGCGCGGGAAGCAUCUCAAGCUGUCCGAUCCAUCGUUAUAUAUAACACCGGCCGCACGCAUCAGACUGUCAGACAUCAGCAGGGUGGUACGUCGGAUCCACCGCGAUCUCACCAGAGAGAGACCUCGUCGGCCAAGCGCAGGCGGCACACGUCGGAUCCACCAGACACGGCACGUCGGCAGCACGAUCGAUCAGGAACGGAAUGCUUCGCGUCGACGACCUCAUCGCCGAGCUCUGCCUCCUGCCGGCCAGAGUCCUCCGCAAGAGGAAGCGCAAGGAAUUCCAGACGGUGGAGCUGCUGGUGCGGAUGGACUGCGAGGGUUGCGAGCGCAGGGUCAAGAAGGCAUUGGAGGACAUGAAAGGCGUGAGCAGCGUGGAGGUGGACCAGAAGCAGAACAAGGUGUCGGUGUCCGGGCACGUGGAGGCGCCGGAGGUGGUGGAGCGGCUGCGGCGGCGGGCCGGGAAGGAGGCCAAGCCGUGGCCCUACGUGCCGUACGAGGUGGUGCCGCACCCCUACGCCCCGGGCGCCUACGACAAGAAGGCGCCGCCCGGGUACGUCCGCAACGUGCUCGACGACCCCGACGCCGCGCCGCUCGUCAGGGCCAGCUCCAUGGAGGAGAGGUACACCACCGCGUUCAGCGACGACAACCCCAGCUCCUGCGCCGUCAUGUGAAAACAAUAAUAUACUCGUGCUCUCAUAGCCGCUGUACAAUUUUGUGCAAAUGUAAAUUACUACUACCUUAUCUCGAGCGUGGAACCUGAAUCAGUCCCAAACAUCCUCUAAAUAAGAAGCAAAAC